AUGCUGAGGGCCAUCGUCCGCACCGCGCGCCCCCGUGCUGCGUCCACGUGCAUGCACGGUUCUCGUAGCAAGCACACACUGGUGCUCAUGCGUCAUGGCGAAAGCGAGUGGAACAAGACCAAUCAAUUCACUGGCUGGUAUGAUGCCCCGUUGAGCGCGAAAGGUCACGAAGAAGCGAAAGCUGCCGGCAAGGCCGUUGCCGACGCCCGUUUGACGUUUGAUGUGGCGUACACGUCGUACUUGAGUCGUGCCAUCCGCACGUGCUGGCAUGUCUUGGAGCAAUCCGAUCAAAUUUUCGUCCCGAUCCAUAACGAAUGGCGCUUGAAUGAACGACAUUAUGGUGGCCUCACCGGGCUCGACAAAACAGAAACCGUCCGAAAGCACGGCAAAGAACAAGUGUUGAUCUGGCGCCGCAGCUACGACAUCCCGCCUCCCCAGUUGACGACAGAUAGUGAGUACUACCCCGGUCACGACCGCCGAUAUGGUCACCUGAAGAAAGAAGACUUGCCAUUGAGUGAGUCGCUCGAGAUGACCGCUGCGCGCGUGAUGCCAGUGUGGGAAUGCGACAUCGUACCUAACAUUCGCGACGGUAAGAACGUCCUGAUUGCUGCCCAUGGCAACAGUCUGCGCGCGCUCAUCAUGCACCUGGACAACAUUUCCAAGCACGACAUCACGGAACUGAACGUACCGACUGGCGUGCCGCUCGUGUACCAUUUGGACGACAACAUGACUCCAAUUCCCCACAAAGACGCGAUCGCUCCAUUGAGCGGACACUACCUAGGCAACCAGGAAGAGAUUCGGGCGCGCAUUUUGGGCGUCAAGAACCAAACCAAGUAGUCAUGUCCGAAAAUCCAGCGAAAGGCUCGACCUUGUCCAGUCGGACGAGUUGAUAUUCCCACCUUACUCUGCACGCAAUCCCAUCAAUACACAAUUGUCCAUUUACAGCACGACUGUCGUCAUAGCGUUGAAGGGCAGCACGCCUACGAGAGAGUUCUCUAGCCAUCGAACUGAGAAGACCUAGAGAUAGUCACAAUCUCCUUUACGGACAACAUUUCACAAUUCUUCUUCCCA